UUUGGCCCUGCUCGCCUCUUUCUCGCGAACGCCCUGCUCGCAGCUAGGGUUUGGAAUUUGCCGGUGCAGAUAACGAUGGCGACUAUAGUGCCUACAUCCGAGGAAGAUCCGGCGCUCUCCGUCGUCCGCUUCACCUCGGAGGUUUCCUGGGCUGAUGCCGGUCCUGAGGUCAUGGAGUCGCAGGUGAAAAGCCUAUGCCUCGAGGCUCAGGAAUGCAUUGUGAUGGGCCAGUGGUUAGAUUUGGCCUCCCUCAUGCUGACUUCCGCAGACUUGAUUUUUUCCAAAGUUCCCGAGAAAGACACUGAGUGCAUCUUCACUGUAAUUUGUAACCUUGUCACGAAACCCGAGAGUUUGGAUGAAUCACUGGAGAUGGCAAAGCUUAUAUCCACAAAAAUUACUCUACAGCCAAAUGACAGACCCGCAUUGCGCUUGAAGAUCAUGUUCAAUUUGUACAACCUACUGGAGAAUUCAUACAGCAGGUUCUUUGUUUACAUGAAAGCCCUUGAUCUGGCAGUCAAUGGGAAGGUCACUGAGCAUAUCAUACCUUCUUUCAAACAGAUGGAUAAUUUCUUGAGGGAAUGGAAUAUUGGGAUCCAGGAUCAGAGGAAACUUUAUCUUACCAUUAUUAAUAUUUUGAGAGAAAGUAAAAGCUCCGGAAAGGAUUCAUUCAAAUUCCUGACCAAGUAUCUGGCAACUUUUUCUGGUGAAGAUGCGCAUAAUAUUGCUGAAGCUAAGGAGGAAGCUAUCAACGCCAUUGUUGAAUUUGUGAAGGCACCUGACAUGUUUCAGUGUGAUUUGCUGGAUAUGCCUGCUGUAGCGCAAUUGGAGAAAGACGCUAAAUAUGCACUGAUAUAUCAGCUUCUGAAGAUCUUUCUAACACAGAGAUUGGAUGCAUACCUAGAUUUUCAUGCAGCAAACUCCACUUGGAUGAAAAGCUAUGGUCUUGUCCAUGAAGACUGUAUAGCAAAGAUGAGGUUAAUGUCACUGGCAGAUCUUGCAUCUGUUGAAUCUGGCCAAAUUUCUUAUGCAGUAAUCAAGGACACUCUACGGAUCAAUGAUGAUGAGGUUGAAUUGUGGGUAGUGAAGGCAAUCACAGCAAAAUUAAUCGACUGUAAGAUGGAUCAGUUGAAUGAAAUUGUAACUGUAAGCCGCUGCACUGAGCGCAUUUUUGGGGAACAUCAAUGGCAAGUGGUUCGAGCAAAACUAGCAACAUGGAAGGGCAACAUAGCUAAUGUCAUCAGGACCAUCCAAGCAAACAAGAUAAUAGAAGAUGGCUCUCAAGCUGUGCAAGGCUUGACGAUACGCUGAAAGAGUUGCUCUUGUAUUUGUAACUGAGUUAUGACCACAGUUUCUUUGUUUAACGAUGGGCCACUAUUUGGGCCACUGUCCAAAAAGCAGCAGCAGCAGUUGGAAUUCUCCCCUUAGUUGACUAUAUUAUAAUACUGGAAAUUUUGCAGUAGAUGAUUAGUCAUUUUUAAUCUGCUUGUGUUUUUCAUUCCGCUGAAAAAAAUCUGUUUUUAAAGAGUUGGGAGGGGCGAAUGGCCUGGCCACCCUAACUAUACGCUAUCAUGUUAGUAUUUAUUCACUAUCAGAUAUAGAUGUAUGGCCUGUUUGGUAUUGUUGUGUUAA